AGGGACCCUGGAGGUGUAACCGGAUGGAAUCCUUUAUUAGCAGGGCAUCCCGGACUCCACGCGUCUCCCCGCAGUCAGUCACCCCACGUUCGUCCAUUCGACAUCUACACAAUAUCCGUAACCAAGCCAUCGCGAACCCUUUCAACUCACAACCACCACAGCCGUCAAUAUGUCCAUGAGUAAAACCGACAGUGCGACAGUGCGCGAGGGCUUCCCUCGCCCCUUCCCGAACACACCAACAAACGUCCUAGAACAGCUUCGUCUGACCGGAAAGGUCGUCGUCGUUACCGGGGCCGCGGACGGUAUCGGCUACGCGGUGGCGGAGGCCAUGGCCGAGGCCAAUGCCCAUGUCGCGCUGUGGUACAACUCAAAUAAUGCGGCGGUUGAGAAGGCGCGCGAACUGGCUAGCACGCAUGGGAUCAACGCAACUGCGUACAAGGUUGAUGUCUCCGACCCCGAGGCGGUCCAAAAGACCAUCGCAGAGGUCGUCAACGACCACGGGAAAAUAGACGUGUUUGUUGCGAAUGCCGGAAUGGCCAUUUCCAAACCCAUCCUAGAGCAAACCCUCGAUGAGUACAGGAAACAGAUGGCGGUGAAUGUCGACGGCGUCCUCUACUGCGCCAAAUACGUCGGAGAGGUCUUCCACCGACAGGGCUUCGGUAACCUGAUCAUCACCUCCAGCAUGAGGGCCCAUAUCGUGAAUGUUCCUGUCGAUCAGCCCGUCUACAACGCGAGCAAGGCCUUCGUGACGCAUUUGGGGAAGUCGCUGGCGCGCGAGUGGAGGGAGUUUGCCCGGGUUAAUGUUGUCUCGCCGGGCUUCUUCGAUACGAAGAUGGGGGCUGGGCCCGAAUCUCUGCAGGAGGCGUACCGCAUGUCUGCGCUGGGGAGGCAAGGUCAUGUCAAGGAGAUUAAGGGGCUGUAUCUGUAUCUUGCGAGUGAUGCGUCGACGUACAUGACUGGGAGUGAUGUAUUGAUUGAUGGGGGGUAUGUGUUGCCUUGA